AGCAAGUCUGUUUGCCACCAAACUGAAGCAGCCCUUUUUCACAGGCUUAAAGAUGAAAACAGCUCUUUGUGCCAUCGCUUUUCUGCUUGUCUUUGUUUGGCAACCAAAGGCUGACGCAGAAAAUGCCCCUCCCGCUCAAGUGGGCACCUGUUUGGUUAUGGGUGACCCACAUUACAGCACAUUUGAUGGAAGUUAUUACAACUUCAUGGGAAACUGCUCCUACGUCAUUGCCAAGAACUGCCAUGUAGAUGAUCAACAUCCAGCAUUUCAGAUUAACACCAAGAAUGAACGCAGUGGCAAUACACAAAAUACAAUUGUAUCAACGAUCACCAUUUCAGUGUUCGGCACCACAAUUACUUUUAACCGCGUGGAGAGAGGUCUUGUAAUGAUUAAUGCUUCACUUUGGAACUUUCCAGUCUCUUUGAACAACGGUCGUGUGAAACUCACAGCAAACAGCCUCUCAGCUACCAUGAAGACUGACUUUGGCCUGUCAGUUCAGUAUGACUGGGAUCAAUACCUGGUAGUCACCGUCCCAAUGAGCUUUCAGGGAAAAAUGUGCGGUAUGUGCGGGAACUUCAACGGGAAGAAAGAAGAUGACCUUACUACUCCCAGUGGCAGUGUAGCAAGCAGUAUUCAAGAGCUGGGAAAGAGCUGGAGAGUACCACAACUUCCAGGAGAAGCUUUUUGUCAGGAUGAGUGUCCAGGGCAGUGUCCGAGUUGUGAGGGAGCUUCAUGGUUCACCCGCAUGAAUGCAAAGCUUAGCUGUGACUUUGUCACAUUUCUUACAAAAGGACCUUUGCAUGAAUGCAAGAGUGUCAUCAACCCCGAUGUCUUCUAUGACAACUGUCUGUAUGACUACUGCUCUGGCAAAGAUGUCAGCAAUUUCUUAUGUCACACUGCGCAGAUUUACACUGAUGCCUGUCAACAAGCUGGUAUACAUGUUUACAACUGGAGAGGCCUCCUUAGGUGCCCUAACCCUGCAUGCCCAGCAAACAGUCACUAUGAGUCGUGUGCCUGUCCUGCUACCUGUGAGAAUCGCACUCCAUCUCCUGAAUGCAAAGCAAACUGUGUAGAGGCUUGCGUUUGUAACGCUGGAUACUUUUGGAGUGGAAACAAGUGUGUCCCCAAGGACCAGUGUGGCUGUGUGUACAAAAAUGAUGGUGAUGUGCGUUACCUACAGGCUGGAGAAACCAUCUGGGGUAAUGAUCAGUGCACCAAAAAAUGCACCUGCAACCCGACAAAUGGUCAGGUCCAAUGUGUAGACACAAGUUGUCCAAUUGGAACCGCAUGCAGUGUCGUUAAAGGAAUCCAAGACUGCCACAAAAUUCCAACUGGCACCUGUAAUAUCUAUGGAGAUCCUCAUUACAACACGUUUGACAAUGGCACCUAUGACUUCCAGGGUACUUGUACUUACACUGCCACUCAGGGCUGCCAUCUGGAGGGAACAAACCUCACUCCGUUUUCAGUCGUGGUGGAGAACGAAAGAUGGAAUGAAAUCCAACAAACUCCAAAUGUUUCCAUGGCCAAGGUGGUUGUUGUGGAGGUGGAUGACAUGACUAUAAUUCUGCGAAGAAAUCAGAUACAUCAGGUCAUGAUUAAUGGCAUUCUAACCAACAUCCCUGUAAAUCUCAAUGAUGGUGAAGUAAUUAUUCAGCAGGAGGGUGAUUUUAAUGUGAUCCUAACCAACUUUGGUCUAAGAGUGGCCUACGAUAUGGUUUAUCAUGUUAUCAUCACAGUACCUGGGACAUACGCAGGAAAGACCUGUGGCAUGUGUGGAAACUUUAACGGUAAUAAGAAAGAUGAUUUGUUGUUGCCAAGCGGAAAAGAAACCAAAGAUUUAAAAACAUUUGGAGCUGCUUGGAAAGUGGCUGUCCCUGGAGUUGUGUGUGAUGAUGGCUGUAGCGGUGAUUUCUGUCCAAAAUGCCCUCAAAAUGAAAAACAUGUAUUUGAAAAGGACUGCAGUAUUAUUACCGACCCUAAUGGUCCAUUUGCUGCAUGUCACAAAGUAAUCGUCCCUGACUCCUACUUCAGAGAUUGUGUUUAUGAUGUCUGCAUGACUGAGGGAGACGAACAUAUGCUGUGCCACAGCAUCGCUGCGUACAUGAGUGACUGCCAGAACUUUGGCGUCCCGAUUAAAAACUGGAGAACCUCAACAUUCUGUCCCUUAUCAUGUCCUCCCAACACUGUCUACGAAAUCUGUGCGAAGGCAUGUAAUGCACCUUGUCCUGGCCUUACUGGUGUAAUGACGUGUAAUAUCCAGACCUGUCUUGAAGGCUGCAUGUGUAAACCUGGAUUCUUUAACAAUGGGACUGGAUGCGUUACAGCAGAUCAGUGUGGCUGUUAUGACAAAGGACACACCUAUAAGCUCCAUGAGACCGUCAUCACUGAGAACUGUCAAGAACGCUUGACCUGUCUACCAGCCGGCAAAAUAGAACGGCAAAAAAUUAGUUGUGAAAGUAGUGAAGUCUGCACCACUAAGAAUGGUGUUCGUGGAUGCUACCCAAGGCAGUGCAUGGUGGAGGCUGGCGGCUCCUUUAGCCUUUUUAGUGGAGAAUCUUGGACCAUUACAUCUAUCGGAGCCUACGAGUUGGUGAAAGCCUGUGAUGGUGCUCUUGAAGAGGAAUGGUUCCGAGUGGUGGUGGAGUUUGGAAGCCAGAACAGUGUUGUGGCUGUGUACGUCUAUUUUGAAGAAGUCUUCAUUACGGUCACCAACAAGCAUUCCACUUGGAUUAAUGGAAAGCUUCUCACUCUGCCACAGAAGCUGAAAAAUGAAGUGAUGGUUGAGUUGGUUGAAGGUUCACUUACUAUUGAAAAGAAGGGUAUCCUGAGAGUGUCUUUCAGUCUUUCACUUGGUCUUAAAAUGAGUGUGGGUGAUGGCAUGGCGCCGAAGGUGUGUGGAGCUUGUGGAAGUGACGACAAAAUAUUUGCUGUCCAGCCUCAAAGCGUUCAAGAAUUCAUGGCCAAAUGGAGAGCACUUGACUUUCCAAGUUCCCUUUGUUAAAUAUGCUGUUAUUUUUUGAAAGCAUUGGUUUUAAAGAAUAAAUGAAGUAACAUUUAAUAAUAAGGCCCUGUUUACACCUGGUAUAAAGAAUCAAGAUGUUUCAAAUGGGCAGCUAAAAUGGACCGCUGUUUAAGUGUCUCAAAUGCACCUUCUCUGACCACAUGUGACUUUGUUUUGUGACAAGCCAGGUUUGGACUGACACCAAAAGCAAACCCAACAGCAUAAAAUAGAAAUUUAUUUAGGCAAUUUUUGGCAUGACUGCCUGCCAUUUACAAAAAUUAAAUUUACAUUCUUAAUAAUGAUUUUGCUUAUUAUUGCAGAGUCACAUUUAACUCUAAGCGUAAGCCUUUUUGUGUAGUCUGUUGCCAAAGUCCUUUUUAGUGCUUAUUUUCUUUGUAUGGCUCGUCUAUACAUUUUGUGUCUCUCAUCUGUGUUUCAAAUGAUAAUACAUAGUGUAAACAGGGCCUUAUAUAUUAUGCUUUAUUCAGAUGAUUUCUCUAAAAUUUUAUGCAAUCUUUACAUAUUUCAAAAGGUGAGACAAAUAGUAAUCUUUAGGCAAGAAUUAGAAUCAAAAUCCAUAAGAUUUUUCUUAUACUGUACUUUAUCAUUGGUUACGUUAUGUAUUGAUGCCAUAUUUUUUUUUAUAUUUGCAAAUAAAGCCUUUCCCAUCGUC